UGUCUGCAGUCUCUGGUCAUCUCCUGUAUAUGUUCGCAGUCUCUGGUCAUCUCCUGUACUAUGUCUGCAGUCUCUGGUCAUCUCCUGUACUGUGUCCACAGUCUCUGGUCAUAUCCUGUACUGUGUCCACAGUCUCUGGUCAUAUCCUGUACUGUGUCCACAGUCUCUGGUCAUAUCCUGUACUGUGUCCACAGUCUCUGGUCAUAUCCUGUACUGUGUCCGCAGUCUCUGGUCAUCUCCUGUAGUUUGUCCGCAGUCUCUGGUCAUCUCCUGUAGUUUGUCCGCAGUCUCUGGUCAUCUCCUGUAGUAUGUCCGCAGUCUCUGGUCAUC